AUGGUCGCAGCACGGAGACAGAGGAAAGCACAAAAGCUGCAAGAGCAGCAGAUCUCCAAAGCGCUUAUCGAGGCCAAACCAGCUGCCAAUCACCUGUCGUUCGACGAUGACGAUGAUGAGAUUGCCAGCGCCACUCAGGGCGAGCCUCCAGCCUCAAGUUCGACGGGACCUACACAGCCGACUGAAGGUCUAGAGGAUGACAGUCAAGAUGAUGACGCCCCCAUCGAAGUGGUGAGCAACAAGACAUCACGGAAGCAGGCUUCGCAGAAUUCGGCCAAACUCAAGGCAUUGGAGAAAGCCGAAAAAACAAAGCGUCAUCAAGCUGCCGAGCGGAAGAGGCUGGAGAAGCAAAAGCAGAAGGAGGCAGCCCAAGCGACACCAACCUCGGAGCCAGCUGCAGAUGCCGUGGAGGAGCAAAGCCUCGCUGAAAACAGCGAUGGGAUCAACGAUCAGAGCGAGACGAACGAAGCAGGUCCAUCGAAUCGACUGGAUCCCUCGCUCUUUGCCGAGGUCUUCUCUCAACCAGUCUCCGCACCGAGAUCCAUCUUGAAGAAGCGUUCAGCAGAACAAGGCGCAGACGAAGUAGCCAGGCUUCAAAAGGAGAGGAGGCUGAAGCGCAAGAAGCAGAGAGCAGGAGGUGUUGUUAAAGGCAGAGAUGGCAUGCCGAUGAAGAUGGCAUCUGACGGCACAGUGCUUCGUGCGCUCAGCACCUCGAGCAAUCACAAGACGAGCUUUGACGAUCUAGACGAAUCUCAACCCGACGAGCCACUCGAUGAAUUGACAAGACCCACAAAGCUCGAUCCUACCGUCUCACUGCCGAACGCCAAAGCGAGAGCAUUUAAAAAGCGGACUUUGGCAAAGAAGGGAGUUGCAAAAGCAUCUGCUUCCAAGAAUGGAUCCAACGCAAACACGAAAAAGAACCAAGACGAUCCUCUUGGACUCAACGAUCCCGCCUUCUUGCCCGGAGGAGAGUUCUACCAUCUCAUGAACAAGGGCAACAAGUCUAAAGGCGCAAAACAGGGUCGCCAGCAAGAGCCAACUUCUGCACGUCUUGCCUUCCGCGGUGGCGGUGUACGCAAAGAUGCAGUCUCUGUUCUGCGUGCACAAAGCCGUCGCGGACCUUCGCUGGGCUUUGCGCGAAGCCAGCAAACCUCGGACGAUGAUGAUUGA